AUGCAUUUAACUCGGUUAUUACGUACACAACAACCAUCGUUAACACAUCUGAUUGAUCAUUAUGCUAAAUUUCCGCCCACGGGCUUAACCAUGAAGAGAAUUGUUGAAUUUGCACGUGAAGGUGAUGCAAAACAAUCAUAUUUAUUUCUUCGAAACGAAUUACCCGUUCGACUUGCUUCGAUGAUGAAAGAAAUGGGACAUUUACCACCACGUCUACUUGAUAUGCCAAGUGUUAAAACAGUGAAUGGCUGGUAUGGAACCAGUUUACACGAAUUAGAUUCAUUUAAACAAUUAGCAGCAAAUCCUGAAACUGUAAAAAAAUUUACUGAAGUUUUACAAAAUAUACGUAAAAGACAUUCAACUGUUAUUGAAACAUUAGCACAAGGUUAUAUGGAAUUUUCUGAUGUGGGACCGGUUAAAGAAUAUGAAGAAUCACAGAUUCAAUAUUUCUUGAAUCGAUUUUAUUUAUCUCGAAUCUCAAUACGAUUACUUAUUUAUCAGCAUACGAUGUGUUUUGGUGAAGAAGUACCUAUACAUCCUGCGCAUCUCGGCUUUGUUGAUCCCAAUUGCUUUGUCGAAGAUAUAAUUAAGGAUGCAUUUGAAAAUGCUCAAUUUCUAUGUGAAGGUUACUACUUGACAGCUCCUGCGCUAGAAAUUCGUAGGAUAAAUGCAAUAGAUCCUGAAGAACCAAUAGCAAUACCUUAUGUACCAUCACAUCUAUAUCAUAUUAUGUUCGAGUUAUUUAAGAAUUCGAUGCGUGCAACUAUUGAAUAUUUAGAAAGUAAAAAAUCAAACAGUUCAUUACCUCCUAUUGUGGUUGAUGUGGUAAAAGCAAAAGAAGAUUUAACUAUUCGUAUUAGUGAUCAUGGUGGUGGCAUUCCACGUUCGAAAGCAGAUAAAAUAUUUCGUUAUAUGUAUUCAACUGCACCAAGACCUGUAUCAUUAACUGAUACUCAACAUUCAGGUCCAACACCACUGGCUGGUUUUGGUUAUGGUCUUCCAAUUAGCCGACUUUAUGCUCGGUAUUUUAAUGGCGACUUAGAGAUUCAUUCAAUUGAUGGUCAUGGCACUGAUGCAUAUAUAUAUCUUCAAGCUGUCGAAGAUCAAGCCAGUGAAUGGUUACCAAUAUGUAAUCGUGCAGCAUAUGAGUAUUAUGUAUCACCGGCGUUAGGUUUUCUUGAUCAUUAUACAGAAUCAAGUGGAGUAAUUAGACAUGAUGCUGAUGAUAUUCUGUUAGGUCGAAUAGAAUCAGUUGAUGUAGAGCGUGGUGAAAUUUCAUUUUUAAUUACCCUUGAUAGUUUUUAUGACAAUAUUUUGAUUGUCGAUGAUGACAAUAGUAAUGAUGAUCAUAAUGAUGAUGAUGAUGAUGAUGAUGAUGAUAAGUUUACGACAGUAUAA